GUUAGAGCUUGGGCGGUUGGGGCUGAAUGGCGAGAUAGAACCCUCUCGUUUGUCGUUGCGGGAUAAUGAGGACUCAUCCGGCGAUGACAUUGUACGUUGUCCCGCUCUGUCCGCCGAGCUCCGCGAUCCAUUUACGUCGCUGUCGUUAAAUUGCUUCUCUUCCGGCGAAGUUCUCCUUUCAGGUUGCUCCACCGUGUGUUAUGGAUUCGGAUCUGUUCGAGGCAGGGAUGCAGGCGGUGACCUCCGAAACGGAAAAGCUGUCCGUUACUGAUCCGCUCACCAAUGAGUUCGCCUCUCUCAACGACGUGUGCCACGAGCUUGCAUCUCUACAGGAACUCGCUGCCCGUGGCUCCUGGCGCUCGAUAAUCGACAAGGUUGCUCGAGCAAGAGCUCUAUCACUUCUCCAAAAGCCCCACGAUCACCUCACCUAUCUCGCCUACAACGUCCUCGCCUUCACAAAAUUGCGCCGUUUCAAUGAGGCUUCUGCUGAACUGGAUUCCAUGGAAGAUCUCAACAGUUCUCACUACAAGUACGAAACAUAUCCGAAAAUUUAUCCUAAUCGAUCCGGUUCCAUGGUGCCUUUCUGCAUUCGGUGGCUCCACGCCCUGAUUCCGAUUAAACUGGGUCAGCGUCAGGAAGGUAUAGAUAGGUUAUACUGUCUCCUUGAUUUUGUGCGUGAUAAGUUGAAGGAGAAGGAAAUGAAAGGCCUUGGUGUUUCUCUUGAUGUGUGGAGAAAGAGGGAGGUGUUUGUAAUGAACUCUAUAAUCGGGUACCAUUUGGCCAACAAAGAGUUUAGUGUAGCUUUGAGUUUGAUUAAAGAUUUGCUUAAUCGUGAUUCUUCAGAUGCCACAUUAAUUUCGAAACUGGGGUAUAUUCAAAUGCAAAUUGGUGAUUUAGAGGGCGCCAAAACUUCUUUCAAUCAGAUCGAGGUUUUGAUGAAAGAGAGUAAGACUAAUGGGUUAUUGAGCGAGACUGAGCUUAAGAAUCUUGUGAGCCGAAAUAAGGCCUUAGUAUAUAUGGUUGGGAAGGAUUACGUCUCCGCUGUGAGGGAGUAUGAAGAGUGCAUUGAGAGGGACCCUACGGACGUAGUGGCUAUAAAUAAUAAAGCCCUUUGUUUGAUGUAUCUGAGGGAUUUGUCUGAUUCCAUCAAAGUCCUAGAAAAUGCGCUUGAAAGAGUUCCUACCGUGGCUCUGAAUGAGACGCUUGUUGUGAAUUUAUGUAGUAUGUACGAGUUAGCUUAUGUCAAUCACUCUGAUAUCAAGCGAACACUCAGCAAUUGGAUAGCUCGUGUUGCUCCUGAUGACUUUGAUGCAACAUGCAGCCGAGCAUGAGGUCUUUGGAAAUUCGAAGGUGCAGCAAGACAGUAGCUUAUAUCAGUUAAAUGGCUCAAUGAAUAUGCCUCUUAGCUGGUAUGAGUGAAACUUUCAUGCUGCAAACAGGUGGCUAUUAUUGAUGAUAUAUUGACUUUCUUCCAAAUCACUGCUUCCCCUUCGUUCAUCCUUGUCUUACACUAAUCUGACAGUUUUCUUUAUUUGCCUUUUUUAAAUAAGAGCUUUGAUCUAUAUUUAGUUUAAUAUAAAAUCUAUGGGAAAAUCAUAUUAUUUACAAGUCAUGAAUAGCGUGACUCACCUUAUAGUUUAUAUGCAAAGUAUGAAUACAUAAUCUAGUUCCUAGUUCACUGCUCCUCACUUUUGAUUCAAGCCAUUUUUGUCUCCUCUUUGGUACCAACGCCUGGAUCUUGCUCAUCAUGUUGGUGUUGAGGUUUGAGAUGCACUUAGAGCCCUCUUUCUAAAUAUCUGGUGCUUUGAGGUAUAUGUAGAGUUACUGGUUUUUCCUUGGUGAAUAUUUUAGCUUGAUUACUUGUUCAUUAGUAGUUGUUGUUAUUACUACUGAGGGUCCCUUCCCAUGGAAUUUGAACCUAAACAUUGAUGGUAGUUUUCUUGUGGAUGAUGUGGAGAUGUUGAGACCUAGUGGAAUAGACAUAUCUUUUAACAGAAACCAAGGUGGCAGAGAGGUAGAAAAAAUUGGCAAGCCUCUUCAAUUUGUAGCUGGCUAACUUAAAAAUAUGGGAUUGACGCUCUCUGCUCUUUUGCCGGCCUCAGCAGAAGUUAUAGAUUUGAUAUGCAGUCGAGAAAAUUUCUCAUUAUGUUCAAAACAUUCCAUAUCUAUAGUUUAUAUAUAAUUUAAAUUCUAUAUAUUCUAUUUCUAAUAUAAAAUUUGUAAAGAGCUACACUAUUCAUGAGUUAUAAACAACCUCUGUCCAUUUCAAACUCGGACUAAUAUAUGGACUCAAAAUCUAGUUUAUGAUAUAUGUUAUUACUGGUAAAUUCAUUUCUUU